GACACCUUGUCACUGAAAUCCCCAGAGGCUGGCCUACGAGAAGAGCAGCUGCCUCCUCUAUGGGAGCCUGGUGACUCCAGGGCUCCACUGGGAGGUGGCAUCUAUAGGGUGAAAGGACAUCACUAGACACCUACUGAUCCCUGCACCCAGAGCUGCUCAGCACCACAUCUAGACUCCUAGACAUCUGUGCCCAACAGUGUCCUCAAGGUGGCUCUACAUUCUGUUCUUAAAAAUGGCACAGCCUAGGGAAGAAGCGGGGGACAACCAGCUGGUAUCUGGUCAGGAGCCAUCAUCAUGCAUCAUCAGAGUGUCUGUUAAGACUCCACAGGAUUGUCAGGAAUUUUUGAUAUCAGAAAAUAGCACUGUCCGCCACUUUAAGAAGCAGAUCUCCAAACGCUUUCACUGUGACACUGACAGACUGGUACUCAUCUUCACUGGAAAGAUCCUUCGGGAUCAAGACAUACUGGGCCAGCGUUGCAUCCAUGAUGGUGACACAGUCCACUUGGUGGUGAGGAGUCGUUUGAAAGGACUAGUCAGUCCCAUAACUCUGCCAAAUGCCACAGACCACUGCACCCAUCGUUCUGAGCCAUCCACCUCUGAGACUAGUGGGAUGCUAGCUAGGCUGGGCCGGCUGGCCCGGACCUCUCCUGAGCUCGCUGACUUCUUUGGUCAACUGGCACAACUCCUGACAACUGCACCAGAGUGUGUGGUGCACUUCUUGGAAGAUCCUCUGAUUCAAGGACUUGCUAGUGAAAAACAAACCAUUGCCAGCCACAUUCCUGAACCCUCAAGGCCAGCACAGAAACAUGACUCAACUCUCAAAACUCUGGAAACCUUGCAGAAGCCAGCCCGGCAACAGGAGCUCUUGGAGGCAAGCAAGCAGAAGUUGGAGGCCUUGAAGGCAGUGCCAGGUGGGGACAAUGCUAUGCGUCCAGUCUCCUCAGAUGUCCAGCAGUUCAUGCUUUCCACUCUGGCCUUAUUGAUUACCUCCAAAGACUACAACUCAGGUUCAGAGGCUUGCAGGGGAGAAGCCAAUGUUCAUAGUAGUUCUGAUACCACCACCACUAUCCCCACCACUUCUGCACCUGCCAGACCGCUGGUACCAGAGGUCAGUGUGGGAGCAUUUACACAGGGCAGGGGCGUGGCCUUAAAUCAGGCCAGUUCAGGAUGUAAGAAUGGUAUGCCAGUUUUAUACUUAGGCCAAGAUCUUCCCUCACAAGAUACUCAGCAGCCUGUAGAGAAAGCUUAUCUGACCAAUCUGCUAAGACCUUUACCUUCUCUUUUGUGCCAAGCCUUGCAUGUUCUACAGCAGAAUCCAACUGUGCUACGCCAACUAAGCAACAGUCCUCUGCGACGUCAUAUACCACUACUCCUUCCCAUCCUGACCAAUCCACGAGCACUGCAGGCAUUAAUACAGAUAGAGCAGGGUCUUCAGAUACUGUUCAGGGAGGUGCCUGGUCUGAGACCAUUCUUACAGGACUCAGCUAGACUACAUGGAGCCAGAAGAGUUCCAGAAUCCAGGGGCAGAAGACAAGGGCAUAGAGAAGACCCUAUGCAACCCACUUUGGCCGUUCUUCAGCUUCUCCAUGCACUGGCCAAUGCUUGUUCCUUGUCUACCCAAUUACCAUUAUUCUCAUCCCUCCUCACAGAAAGUCGUUACCAGCAAGAACUCGAGCAGCUGAAGGCCCUGGGUUUUGCCAAUCGCAAUGCCAACCUGCAAGCCCUAAUAACCACAAAUGGAGACAUUCCUGCUGCCAUUGAGAAACUGCUGGAGGAGCCACAGGCCUAGGUCUUCCCACAAUGAACAUUGUGAGCAAAGAUGCUCACCAGGAAGGGAAGGGGAAGGAGAAAGAAGUCAUUUAUUUUAUGGAAUCCUCUUACUCAGGUCAUGAGUAUGUUUGGAUAACCCCUCUCUUGCAGCCCCAGCCUGUUCUACAUUAAA